UUCAUACACAUACGCGACCCCUCCCCCCUUCCAUCAUUUUCCCAUCUCCCUUGCCCACUCUCUUCUCUAAAACAAACAUGGCCGCUAAAUCUGAUGGUGCACCCGUCUCGUUGCGAAAUGACAUCCCGCCCGAGUGCCUGUCCGGUUCAGCUCAACGUUCGCCUCAGUGCCACCCUGCUAGGAAGCGCUACUCGCUCCUCGACUGCAGCUGGACGAUAUGUGCACUUUUGGUGUUCUUUUCGGACGGGGCCUCAGACCUGUGGCUGGCCGCGGACUACUACCUCAGGCGGAACUACUGGUGGUUUGCAUUGACACUGGUCUUCGUGAUAGUUCCAUCUGUGGUGGUUCAGGUGUUGAGUUUUAGGUGGUUCGCCUAUGAUUAUUCGGAUACCAACGACAGUAGCACAGCCGCAGCUGCCGUGGUCGCAGCAUCCGGAGCGAAGAGCCAUUUCAGCACCAAGGACAGCGAGCAAGGGGGCGCUGGCCGUGAUGCUGCGGUCGGGGCAUUGCCUACGACCGGCACUAUGGGAGGCGCCCGGGGCUGCUGCAGAGCCCUUAUGUGGCUCUUUCAAUGCUUCAUCCAUAUAUUUCAGCUAGCACAGGUCUGGAGGUAUGUCCAUGCCUUGUACUUGGGGGUGCAGAGUCGCUGGCGUGGGGACCAUGAGCGUCGUCACUUCUACUGGCGCAUGAUGUUUGAGAGCGCUGACAUCAGCAUGCUGCGCCUGCUGGAGUCCUUCCUGAAGAGCGCCCCCCAGCUGGUCCUGCAGCUAAGCAUCAUGGUCCAGGCCAGCCAGGUCCUCCCGCUGCAGGGCCUCUCAGCCUCUGCCUCGCUGGUGUCCCUGUCCUGGAUGAUCGCCUCCUACCAGAAGGUUCUGAGGGACUCCCGGGACGACAAGCUGCCCAUGUCCUACAAGGCCGUCAUUGUGCAAAUCCUGUGGCACCUGUUUACCAUUGGAGCCCGUACGAUGGCCUUCGCCCUGUUUGCCUCCGUAUUCCAGCUCUACUUUGGUAUCUUCAUUGUGGCCCAUUGGUGCAUCAUGACAUUCUGGAUCAUUCAAGGCGAAACAGACUUCUGCAUGUCCAAAUGGGAGGAGAUCAUCUAUAACAUGGUGGUCGGAAUUGUGUAUGUUUUCUGUUGGUUUAGCGUGAGGGAGGGGCGCACACGCUGCCGUAUGCUCGUCUACAGUGUGGUUGUAUUUAUUGAGAACGUGGCACUCACCACAUUCUGGUAUCUGUACCGCGCCCCACAGACGUCAGACUUCAAUUCCCUACUCACAGUGUGUAUGGUGGCCAGUAGCUACGCUCUGGGGACCUUCUUUAUGUUUGUAUACUACUGCCUGCUGCACCCUGACGGUCCUAUCUCAGGGUGGGGAUGGGGGGUGCCGGAGGAGAUAGCAGUGGAGUCCUGCCUUUCCCCAGCUUCCUCUCUCCCUCCAGAUGUAGUGGCCAGCCCCCCCAGGACCCUGCAGAGGACUAAAGGGGGAGACCGUGAGCAGAUGGGAGGGGCUAAUUCAGACGUGUUUCUGGUACGAACACUUAAAAGAGGAGUCAAAGCCACUCUCCCACCCCUUGCCCCUAGUACAGAGGGGCCAGUCAUCCGUAUUGACUUGCCCAGGAAGAAGUACCCUGCCUGGGAUGCCCACUUCAUUGACCGCCGGCUGCGCAAAACCAUCCUGGUGCUCGAGGGUGCUGCUCCAGUCACACCAAGGAUCCAGUACCGCUGUCUAGGCUCUCCCACAGAGGUGAUGGAGUAUGAGACCACGGUGUGAACCGCAGAGAGUGCUGUUACUCAACUGGCUUCCAGCCAGCCGGUAAGGCCCCACAGUGGCACACAGCUGACUAACUCCCUCUGAGGAUCAGUUCUUCUCCAGUUCUGCUCUGUCGCCCGUCGGUGUUGUGAAGCAUCAAGGGUACACUGACAAGGAGAGGUGGAGUGUGUCCAAAUGUUUUCACAUCAAAGGUCUGGGACAGAGACACAAUGUCUAAUGUGGCUUAAGUAGGUGACUAGGUGAGGUGUGUAUUUUGGUGUCAGUAUAAUUUCUCAGGUUAGGGGGAUGGUACAGGGAGUGUUAUGGGCCAGGGGUCAGAGGUUAUGGAUCAGUGAACAUGCAGAGGGACACAGAAUGAGGAGCUGGGCUUUGUGGCUGGCUGUCAAUCAGAGGGAAACCAUCCUCAAUGAACAUGCUUCAAAAUAAUGUCCUCUCAAGCCAAGACAAAUACCAUUAGAGACAAUACCUAAACAUAUGAAUACCUAUGACAAUAUUUCUGUUAAUUUAUGAUAAUACACCAUAACAGUAAAUAAGUCACAUGGGUAUGCUUAAUACAUAUCCAUCUAUUUGAGCUACUGGAACAGGACAUUUUGACCUGAAGAUGACAAUGGAAUAUCUUACUGCUGUGUGUGAUUUGUCAUAGCUAUUUAUGCAUGUUUAAGUAAUCUCAAAGCCUUAAUAAGUUGUCUAAAAUCCAUAGGACAAUUUCUAAAGAGCAAGGGAAAUUGAAAAAAUUGAUCGAGAUGAAUGUUCAGUACACUAUGUUUUCUACAGUUGGUGUGGUAUUACCACAACAUUCCUGUAGUACAACAAAUAGGAAGUAGGCUGGAUACAGAAUGUGCAGGAUUGCUGCACCAUGGAUUGCUAUAUUAUGUCUAACUUGUCUGGACCCUGGAUGCCGUGUAUAAAAUAGUUUAGAUAUCUCUCAAUCUUCAUGAUGAUGAUACAGUAUGUGCUUUGUGUGUAUCUAGGUUGCCAUUGCUCCAUAAAUAAGUGUUCUAUCUGUCUAGCACUAAAAAUUGAGCGUAUUAACUUUAAAUCCAGAAGAAGAAGGCAGAACCAUGUGGCUGAGAGGCUGAAACUGGGAGCAAUUUUAUUUGAGGAGCGUGUGCGCUUGUUCGUGCCCAUGUGUAUGUUGUACAUUGGGGUUCAUAUGAUAUUGUGUUGUAGAAAGAUGCUGACGCGUUAGUUCUAAAUGCUGUCCAGUAAACUCAAUUCUCCUGUUAGCACGCAGAUGAAUACAGUAUCUCCACAUAGCCACAGAACUAAGAAGCCACGGCUCCAUGUUGGUGCUAACUGUUGAGUCUGUGUAUAACACCACGGCUUAACUUAUACAGUGUUCUGGUCUGGAUUCAUCCAUCAAACCAUACUGGUUUGGCUGGGCUGUACCUCAAACACACAUACCAGAAUCAAAGCCUUAAACUGGUCUUUCCAGACUGUUGCUGAUCACUGCAGAAAAAAAGAAAGACUUUCAUUAUGUUGUUGUUGAGAAAAUAAAGAGCAAUGUGUUUACCUUC